AUGCGCACUCGGUGUCAUCGGGUUCUUGGGCACCCAUGGUCGCACCGGGGCGGACGGUCCACGGCGCUGAUAUCCGAGGCGCUGGAUAGUCCCAACCCCAAUAUUCUCCCUGGCACUCGCUUUGCUCUACGCAGAACCUUCACCGGACUUCGAUCGCCCGUGGACUACAUUCUCGGCAUGCUCGUGCUGUUCUGGUGGGAGACAAUUGACGGCUCCCACCCGGCCACCUCAACCAUUGGGCUUUACGUCAAGGAGCUCAGCCCCGGCUCCAUCUUCCUCCCUCCGGUAGGCCCCGGGCCACAAGCCUUGACGCCAGGAGAUGGGGUGCGUGGCUUUCUCCUUUGGGACCAGGUUGCGGGGUACUCCACAGUCCUGGUGGUUGUUCUUUUGGAGUUUCGGAGCGCAUUCGCGGCCAGUCGCGGGUUCAGAGGUAACAAAGCAUCCACACUGUCGGCGUGGAUUAUUGGAGCGGUCGGAGUCGGCCUUUCACUCGUCCUGGGACCGGGAUGCGCGUGCUUGAUAGGCAGCUGGACUCGCGAUGAGAUAUUCUCUUUGGGAAUUGGUGAAGCACUCAUCUCGCGCAGAGCGUCCAGUUCUAUCGGCUUUCUCCGUACAUAUUUUGGGAUGUCUGUAAGGGAUCCGCGACCUGUUUGA